UCUCUCUCUCUCCAGAUAAAUGUGCUCGAGGGUUGAGUGACUGACUGAGUGAAUGUGUGUGUCGCGCAGAUUACUAAAGAGGAAUCCACGGACCGAGAGCGCUCGGCGCCGCACCGCAACCCGCGACACAAUGUAGCAAACCGAAACGCCGUAAUCGCACAUGAGGGUCCAGUUUGAGCGGUCCGGACCGAAGUGAACUGAACUAUGCCCAGCGCCGAGAGAACUUUACCUGAACUCGAGAGGAACUCUUUCUUACACUGCGAAAUGGGUGAGAGAGGUGGUGAUGUGAACACCCUCAGCGUGCCAAUGGUCAUGCGUAGAGGAGGUUCAGAGACUUGUUUAGAUCUGGAUUCUGAUCUGGUGGUACGGGACACCCCACGAUCACGUACUGGUCUGGACACCCUGCAGCAGAAAGUGCUAAAAGUGAAAGAGCAGCUGAGAAUUGAGCAAAAUUUACAGGAUGAGAACGUGGCUGAGUAUCUCAAACUCAUUAACAGCGCCGACAAGCAGCAGAGCAGCCGCAUCAAACAGGUGUUCGAGAAAAAGAACCAGAAAACGGCACACAAUAUCGCUCAGCUUCAGAAGAAGCUAGAGCAAUAUCAACGCAAGAUGAAGGGGUGUGACAUCUCGAAUGGAACCAAACACACGCCACCACACUCCAAAGAAAAUGAGAUGCUCAAAGACAACCUCAAGGACAGUGUGGUCACAGGAAGUGGGCGCCACCCACAUUUGGACAAAGUCAAAACUAUUGGCCCGGGAGUUUCACUGUCGCCACCGUUCUUCUUCAGCAAAUCCAGAGAGAUUGCAAACCUCAUUCGCAACAAAUUUGGUAGCGCGGACAACAUUGCACACCUGAAGAGCACCAUGGAGACGGGAAGUGGGCUGCAGGCGGAGGGGGGAGCCCGAAACCUUAGCGGCAGUGCCACCAUAACCCCUAAGCCCAAAUACCAGAGUGAUGACGAGUGCUCCACAGAGACGUCAAUGUCAGUUGAGAGUAAUGGUCAUGUGACUGGAUCAGGUGUGACAGGGCAGCACAGCGGGUCUGGGAGAGAAGAAGGCCAAGGGGAAAACAGCAGCCGGCUGGUGGAAGCUUGGGAGGACAUCAGGGAGUUGAGGGAAGCUCAGAAUCUACUGUCAGAAGACAUUGACACUCUGAAGACCCAGUUUAGAUGUGAAUUUGAGAAUAUUAUGCAAACACUACAAGAGGAGCGGUUCAGGUAAAUAAUCUUGGUAACACAUUAGUGUUCUAGAUAACGAUCAAUCGAUAGAUCGAUAAUGGUCGACAUUGAAUUAGUUAUGCAAGCUCAUUUAUCUUUUUUUCCUUUUAGAUUACCUUUACCAUUAUCUAAUGCUCAUUUAGUGUUCAUUUUUAAAAACACUAUUUAAAAAUUACAUUACACACAUUACAUUAUAAUGUAAUUCUGUUAUGACAACCCUCUGAGAGUUUAGCAUGGUAAUAUACAUGGCAAUGUUAAUGUGUUUUGUUUUGGCG